AUGACAACAUCGAAUGAACAACAAAUACAACUGGAAAUAACAGAAGCAAGUGACUUUUAUAAUGCAUGUGCAGCCAAUGAUAUUCCUCGAAUUAUAUCUCAUUUGGCAAAUAUGAGUCCAAAUGAAAUUAAUCGAAUCGAACCAAAUGGAGAUACCGCACUACAUGUAGCCUGUUAUCAUCACAAUGCGGGUGCUGUCUACCUUUUGUUGAAAUUUGGUGCCUUAGAAUUUAUAAAAAACAGGCGCGGUCUCACUCCGUUUGAAGAUACAACCUCUCUUUGUAUUAAGGAACCUUCCCGGAGCAUUGGUCAAGCAUCUUGUAUUGAUUUUACAUUUUCAGAUCCACCGAAACGCGAAAUGAAGCAGAGAUUUGAUUCUGCCUUAGAAAGUUCGUUUGGUAUUUUGGGUUUGCCAUUUAUACUUGAUUAUUUACAUAUUUACUAUGCUCGUCGAUAUGUCUCCGAAGCAUUAUCAACUUCUGUGCAAGAAAUUGAGCAGCAUUUUACCAAUGCACGCACAUAUGAGAGUUUGAUUCCAGUGAUUACGGCAUAUACAGCGACGAAACAAUUUGACAAAGUUGUAAAUCAGCAUUGCAUUGAAGUUCUUCCUGACUUGUUGCAAGCUUACAGCACGUCUGGUAAUACGUUGGCAACCAGUAUUUUCUAUUUAAUUGCUUCAUUUAAUUAUGAUCCGAUGCUUCGACCAAACUACGCUUAUACUGGUCGUGUUUAUCGAGGAUUAAAAAUGACCUUAGAUGCUCUUCAAAUGUACAAGAAAGGUGAACUCGUCGUCAAUCGACCAUUUGUUUCAACAUCGAAAACAAUCCGUGUUGCCAAUAUAUAUGCAGGUGUAGGAGAAUGUAAACAAUUUCGAAAAAUGAACUCCUCCAACAAUUCUAAGGAGUACUCGGUUCGAUGCACCUACAAAAUCAAUCGUACUGAGACGCGCGCAAUCAGCAUCGCCAAUAUGUCGAUAAUUCCAGCCGAAGAAGAAGUACUUCUUAUGCCGUUAAGCACAUUUCGAAUUAUUAAUAUUUAUUUUGAUCCGAAGCAAUCUUUAUUCGAUGUGAAGCUUGAAGAUUGUGAUUUGCCAUCAGAGAGUGAUCCCACAGCACCCAUCAUUCAUUGGGAUUUUUGUGAAAUGGCCAAUGUACAGUUAGUUGUGCCCAUCCCUCCAAUUCACAAUCACCCCCAAGUUUUAAAAGACUUGAAUCAUGCGAAAAUACAACUCGAUGCAACCCACCAUUGCAACUCAAUUUUAAACACGUUGAAUCAUUCGAUAAUACAACUAGUACUUCUACAACUUCAACUACAUCAACAAGUACCUCCACAACUUCAACGACUUCAACCACAUCAAGAAGUACCUCUACAACUUCAACCUCAACAACAAGUACUACCUCAAGUUCGACCGCGGGGACUAGUACUUCCACAACUUCAACCUCAACAACAAGUACUACUUCAAGUUCGACCACGGGCACAAGUACUUCCACAACUUCAAGUACAACAUCAAGUACUUCUACAACUUCAACCACAUCAACAAGUACUACCUCAAGUUCGACCUCAACAACAAGUACUACCUCAAGUUCGACCACGGGCACAAGUACUUCCACAACUUCAACCUCAACAACAAGUACUACCUCAAGUUCGACCACGAGCACAAGUACU